AUGAGCGCUGUGGUCAUUGGGGUCAUCGUCGCCAUUCUCGUGGUGCUCGUGCUCGCGGGCUUUGUCGUCUACCGCUUCAUGGGGGCCAAGACCCGUCGAGAGAGCGACAAGCACUUUAUGCACGAGUACGCGCCGACCAAGUUCACGACCAUAGCCACGAGCACAGCAGCCGCAGCAGCAGCGACGUCUUCGUCUGCUUCGCACCACUUGUCCGAGAGCAAUGCAUUGCACACGCCGACCGAGUACGACUUUACGACGCUCGACAUGCCCUCGACGACGACGACGACGACGACCAAAGCCGUGGGGUCGUUCCCCGACCCAUUGGCGCUGUCCAUUGCGAUGCUCAAUGCCGCGCCCAGCAGCUCUCCAGCGCCGCCGCCGGUGGAACCGAAGCGGUACAACUUUGACCCGGCGCAGUCGACGGUCAAUGGCGCGGCGCUGUCCACGUCGCCGUUCAAUCGGAAAGAGGCCGUCCAGCCGUCCCGUCGGAGUUACAGCAACUUUGAAGCCCACUCCAUGGAAUUCAGCGCCGUGUCCGGGAGCUACGCCGAGUCGUAUACUGAGUCGUACGCUGGCUCGCUGGCCGGCUCCAUCGCAGGGUCCCUGGCGGGUUCGUACGCGAAUUCGUUCUCGGGCACGUACGACGGCCAGGGAGUGCUCAAUUCCUUUGACAGUAGUGCCGAUGCGUUUGGACGAGAUACCGUCGGCACGACGGUCUCCGAUGCGCCAGGCGGGCGCGAGAGCCAAGUGGGGCCAUCAACAGGCGACGGCGACCAAUCGCACUGGAUGGACGACAUGCGGGGCACGAACGAUAGCUACGCUAUGCUCGAGUCGGGCUCGUUUGACCGCACGUCGGCGCUCUCGCGCUUUUCGACGGACUCGGACAUGACAGGGCGACCGACGCAAACAUAA